GCUCAGCGUAUUUUGAGUUAGUUUCUGCUUUGUGCCAGCAUGUGCCCCAGGUGAUGAAAGAGGAAGCUGCCAAAGUGAGCCCUUCUGUCCUGCUCAGCAUUGAUGACAGUGACCCUGUGGUCUGCCCAGCUCUCUGGGAAGCUGUGCUCUACACACUGACAACUAUUGAGGACUGUUGGUUUCAUGUAAAUGCCAAGAAAAGUGUGUUUCCGAAGCUGAUGGCCAUGAUCCGGGAGGGUGGCCGGGGCCUCGCUGCUGUUAUCUAUCCUUACCUCUUACCGUUCAUCAGCAAACUCCCUCAGUCCAUCACAGAGCCAAAGCUGGACUUCUUCAAAAACUUCCUCACCUCUCUAGUUACCGGGCUGUCAACAGAGAGGGCCAAAUCGAGCUCUUCUGAGUGCUCAGCUGUCAUCUCGGCGUUUUUUGAAUGCUUGCGGUUUAUAAUGCAACAGAACUUAGGCGAGGGGGAGAUGGUACAGAUGCUUAUCAAUGAGCAGUUGAUCCCAUUUAUUGAUACAGUUCUCAAAGACUCAGGAUUGCAACAUGGGCCGAUGUUUAACCAUUUAGCAGACACGUUAAGUUCUUGGGAAACCAAAGCAGACGUAGAACAAGAUGCUGAAACUGUUUACAACUUGGAGAACGUUCUGCUGAACUUCUGGGAGAGACUGUCAGAGAUCUGCAUUGAGAAAGUCAGUGAGCCAGAAGCAGAUGUGAGGUCUGUUUUGUGUGUGUCUAGCCUAGUAGGGGUCCUGCGGGAGCCAGAGAGCUCACUGAAGUCACACAGAAAGAAAAAUGGUCAGGUCAGGUUUGCCAUCGAUAUCAUUGAAGCUCAUAGAGGGGAUGAAAAGUCUGUGUCUUCAGGAGAGAACAGCGAGGGCUCUGACAGAGGAACGCAGUCUCCUCUCAGUAAUAAACCCUCAGACCUAGUAUCUCCUUUAAGGAAGAAACCUCUGGAAGACUUAGUCUGUAAGCUGGCAGAGGUGAGCAUUAGCUUUGUCAACGAGCGGAAGUCAGAGCAGCACCUGCAGUUUCUCUCCACGCUGCUCGACUCAUUCUCCUCAGGCCAAGUAUUUAACAUUCUCCUCAGUGACAAACAGGAGAAUGUCGUCAAAGCCAAACCUCUGGAAAUAACCAAACUUGCAGAAAAAAAUCCUGCAGUUAAGUUCUUAUAUCAUAAAUUGAUCGGCUGGCUAAAUGACAGCCAGAAGGAGGAUGGAGGCUUCCUGGUGGACAUCUUGUAUAGUGCCCUCCGAUGCUGUGACAGUGGUGUGGAAAGGAAAGAAGUCUUGGAUGAUCUAACCAAGGAGGACCUAAAAUGGAGUUCUCUUCUUCAGGUCAUUGAAAAGGCAUGUUCUAGUUCAGAUAAACAUGCUUUAGUAACUCCCUGGCUAAAAGGCAGUAUUCUUGGAGAGAAAUUGGUUGCCUUGGCAGACUGUCUUUGUGGUAAAGACUUGGAAUCCACAACAUCUUCUGAAUCCCACUCAUCAGAACAGUGGAGUCUUCUAAGACUGACGUUAUCCCAACAUGUCAAAAACGAUUACUUGAUUGGAGAAGUAUACGUUGGAAGAAUUAUUGUUAAACUCCAUGAGACUUUAUCUAAAACAAAGGACUUAUCAGAAGCGGCAAACAGUGACUCUUCAGUGUCUUUUGUCUGUGAUGUGGUUCAUAGCUUCUUCAGUUCAGCAGGAGGAGGCUUGCUAAUGCCACCAUCUGAGGACUUGUUAUUGACUCUCUUUCAGUUAUGCGCUCAGAGCAAAGAACGGACACACUUGCCAGAUUUUCUGAUCUGUAAACUGAAGAAUACUUUGCUUUCUGGCGUAAAUUUAUUGGUCCAUCAAACUGCAAGUACAUAUGAGCAGAGUACCUUCCUACGUUUGUCUGUUCUGUGGCUGAAGGACCAGGUACAGUCUUCAGCUUUGGAUAACACAAGUCUUCAGGUCCUCUUGUCUGCUGCUGGAGAUUUGCUGGGUACUCUUGUAGAGAGUGAGGACACUUCUCUUCUUGGAGUUUAUAUUGGAAGUGUAAUGCCCAGUGACAGCGAGUGGGAAAAGAUGAGGCAGGCUCUUCCUGUUCAGUGGUUACACAGGCCGCUUCUAGAGGGGAGGCUGAGUGUGAAUUAUGAGUGCUUCAAGACAGAGUUUAAGGAACAAGACACAAGGACUCUUCCCAACCAUCUGUGCACGUCAUCGUUAUUGAGCAACAUGAUCUUAGUUGCCCAGAAAAAGAAAAUAGUCCUAGAAGACAACGUCCUUGAGAAAAUAAUUGCAGAGCUGCUGUAUUCACUGCAGUGGUGUGAAGAACUCGACAAUCCGCCAUCUUUCCUAAGUGGAUUUUGUGGAAUCCUUCAAAAAAUGAAUAUAAGUUACAGCAACUUAUCUGUACUUGGUGAUACUUGUAGCCUCUUGCAGCUGUUAUUUGACAGAUCUAGAAAAAAUGGCACACUUUGGUCUCUUAUUAUCGCUAAGUUGAUCCUUUCCCGAAGUAUUUCAUCUGAUGAAGUGAAACCAUACUAUAAAAGAAAAGAAAGUUUCUUCCCUCUAACAGAAGGUAAUUUGCAUACCAUUCAAAGUCUCUGUCCAUUUUUGUCUAAAGAAGAAAAGAAGGAAUUUAGUGCUCAGUGUAUACCCGCUUUUUUGGGUUGGACUAAAGAAGACCUUUGCAGUAUUAAUGGAGCUUUUGGACAUCUUGCCAUUUUCAAUUCUUGUCUGCAAACCAGAAGUAUAGACGACAAACAGCUAUUACAUGGUAUAUUAAAAAUUAUAACAAGCUGGAGGAAACAGCAUGAAGAUAUUUUUCUUUUCAGCUGUAAUCUGUCAGAAGCAAGUCCUGAGGUCCUUGGUUUAAACAUAGAAAUCAUGCGAUUCCUUUCCUUGUUUCUGAAGUACUGCUCAUACCCGCUAGCAGAGAGUGAAUGGGAUUUCAUCAUGUGUUCCAUGUUGGCUUGGUUGGAGACAACCAGUGAGAACCAGGCUCUGUAUUCUGUUCCGCUUGUGCAGCUGUUUGCCUGUGUCAGCUUUGAUCUGGCCUGUGAUCUCUGUGCCUUUUUUGACUCAAUAACUCCAGAUAUUGUUGACAAUCUUCCUGUAAAUCUCAUCAGUGAGUGGAAAGAGUUUUUUUCUAAGGGCAUCCACAGUUUGCUAUUACCUCUUUUGGUAAAUGCUAUCGGAGAAAACAAAGACCUAUCUGAAACGUCCUUUCAGAACGCAAUGCUGAAACCCAUGUGUGAAACGCUAACAUACAUCUCCAAGGACCAGCUGCUGAGCCACAAGCUCCCUGCGAGAUUGGUUGCCAGCCAGAAAACAAACUUGCCAGAGCACCUCCAGACUCUGCUGAACACUUUGACCCCACUGCUUCUCUUUAGAGCCAGACCUGUGCAAAUUGCUGCUUAUCACAUGCUAUGCAAACUGAUGCCUGAAUUGCCGCAGCAUGAUCAGGACAAUCUGAGGUCGUAUGGCGAUGAAGAGGAAGAACCAGCCUUGUCGCCGCCAGCUGCGCUGAUGUCUCUCCUCAGCACUCUGGAGGAGCUGCUGGAGAAUGUCCUGGGCUGUGUUCCUGUGGGCCAGAUCGUGACUGUUAAGCCGCUGAGCGAGGACUUCUGCUAUGUCCUGGGAUACCUCCUCACCUGGAAGUUAAUCCUUACUUUCUUCAAAGCUGCUUCGUCUCAGCUUCGUGCUCUGUAUUCAAUGUACCUUCGGAAAACAAAGAGUCUGAAUAAAUUACUCUAUCAUCUCUUCAGACUUAUGCCGGAAAACCCUACGUACGGAGAGACAGCUAUUGAGGUAUCAAGUAAAGACCCCAAGACCUUCUUCACCGAGGAGGUUCAGCUGAGUAUUAGAGAAACAGCAACUCUUCCGUAUCAUAUCCCACACCUGGCUUGCUCAGUCUACCAUAUGACCUUAAAGGACUUGCCUGCCAUGGUUAGGCUAUGGUGGAAUAGCAGUGAGAAGCGUGUCUUCAAUAUUGUAGAUAGAUUUACAAGCAAGUAUGUCAGCAAUGUUCUUUCUUUUCAAGAAAUAUCUUCUGUACAAACAAGCACACAGCUAUUCAAUGGCAUGACGGUUAAGGCGCGAGCUACUACUCGAGAAGUGAUGGCUACUUACACCAUCGAAGACAUAGUCAUUGAACUCAUAAUACAGUUGCCUUCCAAUUACCCACUGGGCUCAAUAACAGUGGAAAGUGGGAAGAGGAUCGGGGUGGCUGUGCAGCAGUGGCGCAACUGGAUGCUGCAGCUGAGCACGUACCUCACUCACCAGAACGGAAGUAUCAUGGAAGGCUUAGCAUUAUGGAAGAAUAAUGUAGACAAACGGUUUGAAGGUGUUGAAGACUGUAUGAUCUGCUUCUCAGUUAUUCAUGGUUUCAACUAUUCUCUUCCCAAAAAAGCCUGUAGAACAUGCAAGAAAAAGUUUCACUCAGCUUGCCUGUACAAAUGGUUUACAUCUAGCAACAAGUCCACUUGUCCGCUCUGUCGUGAGACCUUUUUCUGAGGUUUUUUCAUUGGAAGUUGUCGCUGCAGUAGGUCAAGCCAAAGGGAAUGGAUUGGCUCCACCUUGAAGUACUGACGUGAAGCCAGUGAGCAUGACAGAAGUGCCAUCUGUCAGUGUGAUCCUCAAAUCGGGCUCACCUCUGCAGAUUGCUUUGUAAAUCUUCGGAAACUUUUUUCUUUUACAAGAGAAUAUUACAUAUUUGAGAGAAAAUAUUUAUAUUAAUGGCUUAAUCUCUUUGUAUAUUUAAAAUUAAAAAUAAAUAUAUCUCUUCUCAAAAAUAUUCUAAAUUAUAGAACUGAAAUUUGUGAAAGCAUAAACUAUAUUAUAACUUAUAAAACCAUCCAGUUUUUUGGUCUGUGUUGUAGAACAGUCCAAGUAUAAGGCAAAUGAAUUGAGAGCUGAUUUACAUCUGUAGAUAAAACUAAGACUUGUUUGUUAGUGAUGACAAACAGUAAUUUAAAAUUACUCUGAUUUUCAUAGAUUGUUUUAAUGAUAAAGUGACACUGAGCUAUUCCCACCCUCUUCCAGAGGUUUGAAGUGUACUCUGAAAUUUCACAUGAAGAAGGAACUGAGUGAACUCUAAGGGGCUCUGGUGAGAAUUGUGAAAUUCAUAACUUACAUCCUUGACACUAAUCUUUUGCUUGUGAAAGAAUUAUUUUCAUGUUAAUGAGAUUUGAAUUGUAAAUGUGUUGGUUGAAUCUAUUACUCAGUUUAGUGAGUCUACAAAGAAUAGGAAUCUGAAGUAAGCAGUUAUUUGAUUAUUUUGUGAAGUAAAAUGGUAGCAGUCUAUCAAGAAAGGAAUAAAUAUUACUAAAGUAUAA